AGAGAGAUACAGAGAGAUGCUGGCCAAGUACUAUACAAGCCAGCCACAAAAGUCAUUAAGCCACACAGAGAGUGAGUGCGAGCGAGAGAGAUAGAGAGUGUGGGGUGCGAGUGAGAGAUGUGGCCGAAAACAAUAACAAUUUUCGAGCUCAAAUCUAAUUCAUGAUUUCAUUACCAAGGGGCGCGCCCAUUUGGCCAACUUCUUAGAGUCGAGCAGAGAAAAUCAUUUCCUGUUUAGCACUCAAUGCUGGCCAACCCGCAACCCCGCCACCCAGCUCCUCGCUCUUUCUCAGUUCCGCCCACUUUGCGCCCCCACUCUCUCGCUCUCUUUCGCUCCCACCAGCUCUAGGCCCGUAAUUGUCUUUGGGCCUUUUUUUACGGCCCAGUGAUAACAACUGAAAGUGUCACUAUCGACAAAAUGAAAAGCCAUUAAAGAAAAUUACCCGAGUUGACAUUGAGUUUUCCAGGCAUUAAAUGGCACAGUUGAGCACGCCUAUGAAGCCCUCAAUGUCCUGCUAAUCACAUGCCCUGUGUGUCGCCCUCAAAUUGAUUUGCUUUCCGGUUGCUCUCAUCACACAAAGCUCAGAUUUUCCAGUCAUUUGCUGUGAGUCGUGAACAUGAAUCAGGUGUGGCUCUUCUUCAAGCUCCUGGAGAUUCUUGCGGGCAGCGCCUGCACCUACGUACACCGCAUGGGCACGCUCCAGGAGGAGCCGAUCAGCCACAAUAUGUUCUUCUGCGGCACCUUCGUGGGCUUCGUGCUGCUGGCGGCGAUUCACUGCGCUCGCCUGGUGAUGGGAUUGCGCACGCUGCUGCGCCCGCUGCUCUUCAUCAGCGUCCUGGGCUUCUGCAUGCACGUCUUGUGCGCCCUGGUGUCCAUGGGAUUCGCCGAGAAAGACUUUCACCUGCAGUUCAUGAGCGACGUGGGCGAGAAUUCGCAUAAUUACUUCAGGGAGUGUCGACUGCAGAGCAUCAUCUCCAUGGUGACCGCCGGCAUCUAUCUGAUUGAGGGCGUGCUGGUGCUGGAUAUCAUCGUGAAGAUACCGCAGGCGGAUCAGUUCCGGAUGGAGGUGGUCACCGAGCCUCCGCCGCACGACGACGACUGGCAGAAGCUGAACAACGACGAGCGCGACACCUGGGCCAGAAUAUCAGCCGACGUGUUCCUGCUGGGCAAGGACUUCGACUACUGGCUGCGCGUCAAGUCCAAGUGGUUUCGCCAGCUGGCCGGCAAUCAGCAGAUAAUUGUGGUGCCCGAUGUGCGCUCGCACUCUGAAACUUCGGAGACUGCACUCAGCAUAAUUAGUAUGACUGACAUGUGAAGACACGGCUUACAGCACACUCGACACGAUUCAACACGACUCAACACGAUCUAGCCGAAACAAGAGAUUCAUCACGACUCAAGACGAUCAAGCAUCAUCAGGGGUUUUUAUACCAGUCAAGUUGACUCACUCAUACAAGACUAUACACGACUAGACACGACUCUCGAUGACCUAACACGACUUGGCACGACUACAAGCAGCUCAAGAUGAGCUGUCAUACAAACAUAUCGACUCGAACUCAAUGCAAAGCCAGGCAGCUUCUCACGAGCAUCAGAAGAGACGGCAUCUGACACUGACUGACUGACUAAGUCGUGCUCACGACUCACGACACACGACUCUGCACAGUCUGCACGCCUAACACCAACUUCCAUAUAAACGAAUCGAAACAGACUCAAUUUGUACUCAGCAACUUCUACACGACUUGACACGAACUGAACACGAAUCAUCGACGACACGACUGAGAGCACGAUUCGACAUGUCUAGGUAUGAUUUGACACGACUCAAUAUAUAGCAACACGUAAACACACGAACUUCUUGAGCCACACCAAUCUCUCUCCCUCUCUCUCUCUCUCUCUGUCUCUUUUCCUCCCUCUGUCUCUCUCUCCUACUUCAAAUUUAAAGUUCGUCUCUAGCUCAUAAAUACAAAGUCUGCAGUUUUUAUUUGAA